AUGACAUAUGAGCUACAUUUUUUUUUUAUUAAAAUCGUUAAAUGUUCGAGUAGAGUAAAUUAUCUCUCUCUAUCUCUCUCUCUCUCACAACACUAUCUAUCUAUCUAUCUAUCUAGUUAUAAAGAAGUACUUAUACAAAUGGAUUCUUUUCUUUCUUUCUUUCUUUCUUUCUUUCUUUCUUUCUUUCUUUCUUUUCUCCACCCUUCUGUCUGUAUAUCUAUAUCUUUUGUUCCACAAUUUCUUUCUCUUUAUAUAUCUAAGGCCACUCAUACUGUUUUUCUUUUUCUCCGUGACCAGUUGACUCCCCUUUUCUUCUAUUUUUUUUUUUUUUUUUUUUUUUUAGUUUUCUUUCUUUCCUCUUUCUUUCCUUCUAUUCUGUCUUUAAUCUUUCGGCAUUGCUCUUCUUUCGAUUUUCUUUUCCCUAAAAUAAUUGUUCCUUUUGCUUUCUCCCUUUCUUUUUCUUUUUUCAACAUUUCAUUAGUCGUUCUUUCUCGUCUUCAUUUUUUUUUUUAUCACAAUGGAUUCCAGCACCACUUCCUUUUUUUCUUAAUAUUCCACUUAGCCCUUCAUUUUUCUCAAUUUUUUUCUUUUAAUUUUGUAUUUUCUUCCCUUAUUUCCACAUCUUUCUUUUUUCUCUUUCUUUUCUUCCCUUUCAUUCCAUUUCUGCAUUAUUUUUUUUUGCUUUCUUUCGUCUUUUUCGUUUCUCUCAACCUAUAUCUUUUGUCUUCUAACUUUUCUCAUUUUCUCUCUCUCUCUUCCUUCUUAAUAUUCGAUUCUUUUUCCUCUUCAUCUACUACUACUACUACUACUGUUCUGAUUACGACUGAUUCCUUUACCAUUGUCUCUCUUAAUUAUUUUCUUUUGCAUUUUCACUUUUCUCUUGCUCUUCAAAUUCUGAUACGUUUAUAUUAUUCUCUAUGA